CACCCACAGCCUCGCACCGCCCAGCCAUGCAUACCCACAGCCAUGCAGACCCAGCCCCCAUAGACCACCCUGCACUCCCCACAGUCUUGCACACCCAGCCCUGCAUCCCCACAGCCUUGCACACUCUGCCUUGCACAUUUAUCCACCAUAGCCAUGCACACUCUGCCUUACACACACCCACACCACUUGCACAUUCUGCCUUGCCAUUCACUUGCACACACCGGCCAGCAUUACAGACACACACACACAAGACACCAGCCAGCCUUACACGCUCAUGCACACAGAGGCACCAACUAGCCUUAGACAUCACACACUUACACUAGCCUGCCUCACACACACAGGCUAUCCUUACUACACUCACACCAGCCUUACACACACACAGUGGUCUUGCAAACUCACUCUCCAGCUAUCCUUACACGCACUCUCACAUACAGUGGAAAGCUACACACACACACACACACACCCCAUAUAGUAUCACACAGCCCCGUACUGGCCAGCAUGACACACAGAGACAUGGACAUUCACACUGGCUCUCAUAACUUGCUGCCGGUACAAACACAUACCUGCACAUGCGCACACAAAUGGAAGGCGAGAAGGGGACCAGGCAGAUCGUCCUUGGGAUUCGGGGCCUGCCACAGAGCCCAUGAGAUCAGGGUACACUCUCCAGCUGUCCCACAGCCUUGACACGGGGCAACUCACUUAAUUUCUCUGGCUUUCUGAGGAUAACAGCAUUUCCCUGCCUCCUGGGGGCUCAUGAAAAUAAUUCCCCUAAUGUGCUCAGAUACGACAGGGAUGGGCCACACAGAAACCUGGCGCAGGACAGGCACCGGCCCCGCAGCAAAGAUGGCUCAGACCAACCCUCUGCCUGGCCCCACAGGCCCGUGGAAGAUCACAGCCUACGACCAAGAAAACUUCCAGGGAAAGAAGAUGGAGUUCACCUCGGCCUGCCCCACCAUCAUCGAGUGCGGUUUCGAGAACAUCCGCUCCCUGAAAGUGGAAAGUGGCGCCUGGAUUGGUUAUGAGCACACCAGCUUCUGCGGGCAGCAGUUUAUCUUGGAAAGGGGAGAAUACCCACGGUGGGAUGCCUGGAGUGGGAGCAACGCCUACCACACCGAGCGCCUGAUGUCCUUCCGCCCCAUCUGCUGUGCUAAUCACAAGGAGUCCAAGAUGACAGUCUUUGAGAAGGAGAACUUCAUGGGACGCCAGUGGGAACUAUCGGACGACUACCCCUCCCUGCAGGCAAUGGGCUGGGGAAACAACGAAGUGGGCUCCAUGAAGGUGCAGUGUGGCGCCUGGGUUUGCUACCAGUAUCCUGGUUACCGUGGCUACCAGUACAUUUUGGAGAGCGACCAUCACGGUGGAGAUUACAAGCACUGGAGAGAGUGGGGCUCACACGCCCAGACCUUCCAGGUCCAGUCUAUUCGGCGUGUCCAGCAGUAGAUGUUUGUGUUCACACUCUCCUCUUUCAAGAGCGUCUUCACUGGAUUUCUAAAGCACACUGAUCCCUAUGGUGCUAACACUUCCCCUUCCAAAACAGAUUCCUUUCUUGUACUGUGACUGCUGUUGGGACAUCACUUCUUCAUGGUACUAAU